AUGGAGGACGUGUGUAUUUCCAAGUUAGGCAAAACUCCAGCCAACAGCUCGACAGCGACGACGACUGAAACCGCUAGCAGCCUCCUGAGCAGACGAAAGAAACUGAUUCUUCAGCUAUCUAUGGCGAGGUUCGCUCGUAAGCUUGACGAAUGGCUUGAUAAAUUCCCCGAGCAGCCCUCUCCCAAGACAUUGAAGCGGCCUCGAGGGGCCGUUGAAAGCAAUCACCCAUACAACCAGGACCAGGAUAGCGCUGCCGCAACUGAGGAUGAGCUAUCCAAGCAUCAGCAUGCACAAUGGCAACAUUAUCACGCUGUGACGGGGAAUUUCAAGAAGGCGACCACCAAGCGGGCGAAACACCAUGGCCCUGAAGCACCAGGAGGAGAAGGCCGCAAGUUCGCUUGUCCGUUUUGUCAGCACAACCCCGCCAGAUAUAGGACUGUGAAGACAUGCUGUGGACCGGGAUGGGAUAGUGUUCAUCGGGUCAAAGAACACAUCUACCGCCGCCACUCACUCAAAAACACCUGCCCCCGAUGCUACGAUCAAUUCAAGACAGACGAUGACCUCAAGAGCCAUCAAAGGGCAGAAACGCCCUGCCGACUCCGAAAGGACAACGUCCCCGAGGUGAUCACCGACGAACAAGACAAGAAGCUACACGCUAGAGCCAAGGCUGGGUUGUCAGAAGAAGACAAGUGGAAUGAUAUGUACUGUAUUAUCUUUCCGGGGCCAGCGGGGUCGAAGAUCCCUUCUCCUUAUUACGACACCUCCACUCCCACCACUUCCUCCUCCUCAUCUAACACAUCCCCUUCUUCGACAAAGAACAAGACCCCGACAGCUCCACCAACCGCUUCAAACUUCGACAUCUCCUCCUUCAAAGACCUCCUGCGUCGCGAACUCCCCCGCUAUGUCGAGCCCAUCUUCCGGCAGGAGCUCGACAAGAUGAUGACGUCCGUACAGACGCAAAUGAACCAAAAGGCCGAUCAGCUGUUCAAGGACGUGGUAUUCAAGUUUAGCCGAACCUGGGUGUGGCCUGCUACAACAACUGGUGCUGCCGGUCCUGGCACUACCGACAACACUGCGAAAGUGAUUACGCCGCUUAGCAGCCCACUCAGCCCUAGUUCGAGCCGGUUCGGAAACAGCCCCGAAGACGCCAAUGCCGGUGCCGGUGUGAACGGCCACCAUGGAGACAGAAACGAAGAGGGAGGAGAAGGUGACGAGAUUGAUGGGGUCACGUUCCCAGAAAACCAACAAAGCCCAUCCUGGCUCGACUCCCUCGUCGAAACCUUCGAUCCCAGCAGUCUCGACCUCCCCUUCUUUAAGAAUGGCGAAGUCGAUCUCGAGGCCUGUUUGGAGGGGAUGAUGGGCAAUGGUGGUGACGAGGUUUCGGAUUCGGCAUAUGGUACUUUGCCGGCGUCGGAGGGCCAACACGGUUCUCAUGGACUCGGGUUGGGGAUGGGCAUGGGUGUGGCUGGGAUGACGGGGGUUAUGGGUUUGGGGGGGCAAUGGUAA